UAGGCGCAGAUGACGUCAGGGCUAUCAAAAUGGCGGCCAAGAAGAGGAAACGCAAGCUCUGACCUCCCCUUCUUUCUAUUUCGCGAAUUAUUUCGUUCUAAUCCCAAUAAUAAUGACAAUCGUCGUAGCCGAAGUAUCCCCUCUGUCUCGGCUUGGAAUACAGUAAAGAAAUGGGCUCACAAACGCUCGAAAUCCUACGACAAGGAGUCUGGGCAUCACUAACUGGAGGCUGGUUCUUCGAUCCACAUCAGGAAAUAUUUACCAACACGUUCCAUUUCUACUUAUGGAUCAUUUUACUCUGCCUGCCGUUCUCUCUGUACCUGGGAGCUCCCCCUUCCAAUUUAGUAUGGGCGUUGUAUGCCGUGUUUGUUGGCAUUCUUUUCUCUGUGGUAAAAUUUCUGAACUAUCGUCUACACCUGAUGUUUGAUGGUGAAGAAUUCCACUCAGAGGAAGACCAACCAGAAGACAUUGAAAGUGUUCAUGGUGUGAGACGCACGGACAGUAAGAUUGAGCAACCUCUAGCACAUGACAGCAAUAGCUCGCAUGUCGACCAUGAGGGGGAAGCCAUUGAAAUGGAGUAGUUCCGAUUCUGAGAACAGCUUGAGAUUAAGCCCAAGUGGGAAGUUGCCUCUACAGCCAACAAGCACUGACAAUGAUGUUGAUGGAGUAGAUUAUCAGCUAUCAUGCAAGGAGGGCGAGACUCCGUUUGAGAGUAUGGCGAGUAUUGGUACAGACCAGUCACAAGAUCUGCUACAGACCUCCACUGACAUGAACACAGAGAGCAAGGGUGACCUUUCAGACAUCAGUGACUUCUCCUCUCUACCAUUACCAAACAUGGAGAGCCCUAUUCUGGCGGCCCGGUCAGCACCUGGACUGUCUGUCGCUGAUAGCUGGAAACACGACGUGGUGUCGCCCAAGAGUGAAGGAUCUGCCAUGAGUAUAACCAGCAAUCAGUGUACAACUCUAGAGGCGGUCGCAGCAGCCCUGGAAAACUUUGACCAUGCCAGGAAGACGCGAACCCAAGAUGUGGGGUGUGGCACCAGCGAGGAUGCAGCCAUCUCUAGGCAAGAGAGUUCCAAGUCGAAUGAAGGUUCAAUCUUUCGUCAGAACUCUGAGGUGGAGUGUUUAAACCUUUCCAGGAACAAUUCCACCAUGGGUUCAUCUCACUCAAGACCCAGGUCUGCGUCGGAUAUAGCGCAGGCGUCCAUGCAAGCUGAGGCAGAGACUGAAGAUGCAGACAAUGAGUCAGGGCAUGGAAGUCCCUCAGGAAUGGAAUCUUUAUCCCUGCAUGACAGCUUUCGGGUACAUAACCCUUCCACCAGCUCACAACCUGAGUCCUUAGACAGCACAAGUGUCAACAUCAUGGUCUGCAACAAAGACACUGCAUCCAUAGCCACCCAGACAGGUAGUAUUGGCGAGAGCUCUGACUUGAUACUCGCUCAGAGGUCCUCUGCACUUGCACGGACACGACGCGGGAUUCAUAGGCGCUCAGUACGACGGCGUCAGCGGACUGGUUCUGGCGCACCUGUGACAGGGGUGUUGCUUCACGCCAUGGAGACGGCACCACAGUCGGCACAUGUUGCUGCUUCGCAUGACGACACAACGCCAGGCGCGCUUCACUGCUUUCAGGAUGAGUUUGGUGAAUGGCAGACGUACAUGUUCAACGAAAACUACUCCUCGUCACCUCCUACUACCCAGGGUCCCUCGACCUCGACAAGCCGCCUCAUCUAUAACCGGAGUAACGAGCCCAGACCUAACUGGGAGACGAGCAGUUCAUCGUCUAAUGUCGUGGUGGAGCGUUCCCUGAUGGGCUAUGAGUUUCUGGAUAUCCCAUCCAGCGACAUCAGACCUCACUCCCACUGGCAUGAGAAUGUGUCAUCAGAAGCGCUGCCCAACGUGCGCCCCUCAUCGGUCACGCCCCUGGAGAAGUUCUCGGUGCCGCAUUACUUCAAGUUCCAGAUCAUCCCAAACAAGUACAUCAAAAUAAAGUUUGACCGGCUGUCUCUGCUCGCUCUGAUGGACAGGAAUAAAUACAUAUUCGAGGCGCUAGUAUCUGUGCUGCUUGCUGUGCUGGUGGCUGUUCUCGGGUACUGGCUGCUCGUCAAAGACUUUUUCCAAGACUUCUGGAUUUUUCUGUUUUGCUUUAUCGUGGCCAGCUGCCAGUUUUCACUUCUGAAGAGCGUUCAACCAGACGCCGCGUCUCCAACGCAUGGUCAUAACCACAUCGUAGUGUUCAGCCGACCGGUGUACUUCUGUGUACUGUCUGUGGUGAUUCUUAUCCUGGACCAGGCGUCCCGUCACCCCAUCAAGUGCCUCUCGCUGUACGGGUUACCACUCUGCACCAACUUCAUCAUGACCUACACUAGGGACUUCCUGAUAGGUUUUAUUCUGGGUUUCCCGGUGAUUUUUCUUUUCGGGCUUCUCCCUCAAGUAAACACCUUCGCUAUGUACAUCCUAGAGCAGCUUGACAUGCACGUGUUCGGCGGAAAUGCUAUGACUAAUCUGAAGGGUGCCGUCGUGAGUUUCCUGCGGAGUAUCAUAGCUACGGCUCUGCUCUAUGGCUUCUGUUACCUCGCCCUUACGAGUAAGCAAGGCUCGCAGCACGUGCUGUUCUCGGUGUUCAGCGGUCUUCUUGUGGCCGUGUCAUACCACCUCAGCCGAACCGCCACGGAUCCCACUGUCUUCGCAUCACUGUUCACCUCGUCGUGCACAAAAGACAAGAACUCAUACACGCCGGAGGCGGACUUUGUCGAUCCUUUGCCUGAAAAGCUGAAGAAGACAGUGGUAAAGCGCCUCCAGAAUGACCUCGUCUGCUGCAGCUUUAUCGUGGUGUUUGUGUUUGCCAUCCAUGUCAGCACUGUGUUCACCACAUUACAGCCCUAUGUAAGCUAUGCGCUCUAUGGUCUCGCUGGGUUUGUGGGCUUCAUCAAUCACUACCUAUGGCCCCAAAUGCGGAAGCCGCUGCCCUGGCUCUGUUUCGCAAACCCUUUCUUCAGGAGUCGUGAAUAUAACCAGUUUGAAGUUAGAGAUGCGGCAAAGAUUAUGCGCUUUGAGAAAGCACAGGUGUGGCUGAGCUGCUUUGAGCGCAACAUCGUGUACCCAGCCGUGUUCAUGAGCGCACUCACCCGAUACGCCAUGCCCCUGGUAGACAAGUUUGGCGUACUUGUGGCACCUCUAUUGGUGUGUAUAAUUGGGCUCAAGCUGAUCCGGACCGCGUUUUCGGACCCCUCUCGCCAGCAUGUUGUGCUUGUUUGGACGCUGCUGUUCUUCAACUUCGACUACGGCGCCAGCUCUGAGACUUUUCUCAUUGACUACUUUUUUAUGUCGAUUGUCAUCACCAAGGUUGUCGAGCUAAUUCUCAAGAUUCGUUUCAUCAUCACGUACAUCGCACCGUGGCAGAUCACAUGGGGAUCCGCCUUUCAUGCCUUCGCUCAACCAUUUAGCGUCCCUCAUUCCGCCAUGUUGUUUUUCCAAGCUAUUGUGUCAUCGUUCUUCUCUGCGCCGUUAAAUCCCCUUUUAGGCAGCGCCAUUUUCAUCACGUCCUACGUCCGCCCCGUCAAGUUUUGGGAAAAGGACUACAACACAAGUCGUGUGGAUCACUCAAAUACUAGGCUGUCAUCACAACUGGACAGAAAUCCAGGCUCAGAUGACAAUAAUUUGAACUCGAUCUUCUACGAGCACCUGACACGCUCCUUGCAGCACUCCCUGUGCGGGGACCUGAUGUUGGGCCGGUGGGGACCCGUCACCACUGGCGACUGUUUCGUACUCGCCUCCGAUAACUUGAACGCCCUCGUGCAUAUCAUCGAGGUCGGCAACGGACUUGUCACCUUUCAGCUACGAGGACUAGAGUUCAGGGGCACCUACUGCCAGCAGCGAGAGGUUGAAGCCAUCACUGAGGGUGUAGAAGACGACAAUGGUUGCUGUUGUUGUGAGCCUGGCCACAUCCCCAACAUGUUGUCCCUGAACAUGGCGUUCGGUCAGCGCUGGCUGGCGUGGCAGACCACUUCCACCAAGUACGUGAUUGAGGGUUACAGCAUCAGCGAUAACAGCGCCGCUUCCAUGCUACAGGUCUUUGACCUCAGAAAGAUCCUAGUCACAUACUACGUUAAGUCGGUGAUAUUCUAUGCCGUGCGUUCACCCAAGCUGGAAUCUUGGCUGUCAAAUGACGUGAUUAUUGAGCAACUGGUGCAUAUGCAUGACCCGGGCUAUGUGGACGUGGACCCAUGUCUCUAUCACAACAUCGACGAGGACUAUGACCUGCACUUGGGCGGGAUCUCUCGAUCGAGCUUCAUGGGCUGCUACCUGGGCUGGAUCCAGCACUGCGUGUCUAGACGCUCAGAGCCCGUAGACUGCAGUCGCGACUCUAUGUUGGUCACCCUGUGUUUUUCGCUUUGUCUGCUUGCCCGGCGGGCCCUGGGCACAGCUUCGCAUCAUCAAACAGCCAGCCUGGAGUCGUUUCUGUAUGGCCUUCACGCACUAUUCAAGGGCGAUUUCCGCAUUACGUCACAGAAGGACGAGUGGGUGUUUGCUGAUGUGGAUUUUCUAAGAAAAGUUGUUGCUCCCGGAGUGCGCAUGUCUCUGAAAUUGCAUCAGGAUCAUUUCUCCUCCAUGGACGACUAUGACGACCACGCAGCCAUGUACGACGCCAUCGUCAACCACGAGAACAACAUGGUCAUCUCACACGAGGGGGACCCAGCAUGGCGGCAGGCCGUCCUAGCUAACACCCCCUCCCUACUAGCGCUCAGGCACGUGUUUGACGAUGGUGCUGAUGAGUACAAGAUAAUAAUGCUGAACAAGCGCUACCUCAGCUUCAGGGUGAUCAAGGUAAACCGUGAGUGUGUGCGCGGCCUUUGGGCGGGGCAACUUCAGGAGCUCAUCUUCCUGCGGAACCGUAAUCCUGAACGUGGCUCAAUACAAAACGCCAAGCAAGCGCUGCGGAACAUCAUCAACUCGUCAUGUGACCAGCCCAUAGGCUACCCUAUCUACGUGUCCCCACUCAGCACUUCUUACGCGGACAGCAACCCACAGCUAACCAGCAUCGUGGGAGGACCCCUCAGCUUCAACGGCAUCGGUGGCUUUACACGCAAACUCUGGACUCGUCUGCGCCUGCGAUGCGGGGCGACAUGUCACAGCGGUGGCGAACCAUCGGACGACAUCGCUCCAGACCUCUCUACCGGGUCCACAGCGUACCCAGAACGUUACAGUUUUCGCGCGGAUGGCUCUAUUCGUUCCAGCUCAUACAGGUCUAGUUUUUCUAGAGGGCCUCGGUCCUCGCUUGCGACAGGCCCGAUUGGGAUACGGACGAGCCUUCGGGCGACAACGGGGACGCACAUUUCGAAGCGUCCAAGCGCCACCGCCAGCCUACCCCAGCCCCACAGCGCUAGUGUGACCACACCCACGUUGACUAUAGGAAGUCUACCGGAGGAGCCUCACGGCAGACUCGUACAGCUCAUAGACACAGGGCAAGUAUACGAUAGCAUCAACCUCUGCCGACCUAUCGACGUGCAGUGGCCAUCGGAACAGAUGCGCAUAAAAGGUGGAGAGAAAUUCUGGAAGGACUGGCAUCCCGAGGAGGGGAUGGUAGGGGUAGUCGUACACCGAUGGCUACCUAACCACCCUGACCCCGCGCGCAGAAGUCACGUGAACAGAACUAUAUUGCUUGUCAAGAUCGAGGAUCAUUACGUACCUGUAGCAGAGUCAGGUGUGAGUGAUGUCUCGUGCGAGGUCUAAACAGAUCGAUGAUCACUCCGGUGGUCGAGUCAGGUGUGAGUGAUGUCUCGUACGAGGUCUAAACAGGUCGAUAAUCACUCGGUGGCCGAGUCAGGGAUGUCUGCACAGAUGGACGAUCACUCGGUCGUUAAGUCGGUAGUUUUCCGUGCGAGGUCUAAAGAGAUCAAUAAUCAUUCGGUUGCAAAGUUAGGGCUGUCUGCACAGAUUGAUGAUCGUAGAAAUCGGUGGUCAGUAAUUCUCGUGCAACUUUUAAACAUAUCGAUAAUCAUUCGGUGGAAAAAUUGGAUGUAACUGCCUAAUGUACUACGGGUAUUAUGUAAAUUGAUUAAAUAUUGGCGCAAAGAAAUGUGUUGGCGCAAAGAAAUAUUGAAUUGACAUGCAUAACGAGAAGCCAAUAUAAUUGAGUGGCUUGUCUCUGCAAGCUACAUGAGUUCUAUCAACCGUUGAGUAUCAAAUUUAUAAGGCUUGGAGCUGGUCUCUGGCCGAUUAAUCAAGCAAACAUUUCCCUUGAAUAAAAACUGUUUCUACUCCUAAGAGAGCUGUUUUCAUUUCAGUCUUCUGCUUUUUGUGUUGAUUGCACUAGCUAAAAAAUCGUAUCGAAAAGUCUCAGUGGAGAAAAAACUUGGCAUUGAAUAGUAGAUUCCUGGGGCAAGUUGUAUUUACUUGUGGUUUGUCUGUUGAAAGCGUAGAAAUGUUAGACAAUAAAAAAUAAUAAAGAAUUUGCAAUGUG